UAGCCUGUCCAAGCGAGGGGUGGUUAAUACCAAAAGUAAAUACCGGUUCAUCCAAGCGAGGCUUGGUAUUAACCGCAACGUGAUCGUUUGACGUAAAAUGACGUCACCGGUUAAACCGCUAGUAACCCUGCUCGGGAGCAGGGUAUGUAACGUUUGACAAUCGACAAGCGUCCAAUUAUUUGUAAACAAAACAAUUUGGCCGUUUUUAGUACUUUUUUUUGUGAUUUAUUUUGCUUAUUAUUAGGUGAUAAACUACUUUGAAUCAUGUCUAAUAAUGGGGAAAGUUAUUUACUGUCCAUAAAUUAUAUGGGUCAGGAUGUCCAAGUUAUGACUGAAGAUUUUGAUACAGCCAAUUUGCUAUUGAAUGACCAACAUGCAGCGUUUGAAUUUUUAAACAGGUUGGAUCCUGACAAAUAUCCCAUUCCUGGGGGAUCCAGGGAUACACAAGUACCAUUAUUUAACUUUAAUGUGCCACAACAAGAUUUAGGUGAAUCAAGAACUUCUUCUGUUCAAAAUGGUAAAGAAAAUGUCGAAAAUGAAGAGAUAUGGUGCAAAAAAAAGCCAACUGAAAAAGAUUUGAUGGCAACGGAGCUUUUCCUUUCUUUGAGAGAUCAAUAUAAAGAUAAAUUUAAUGAUACCAAAACCACCAAAACAUCCAUUUGGAAAAUUAUUGCAAAAAAACUUAUGGAGGAAAACUACAACCUAGGAAAAGAUCCUGUAGAAAAAUGCCGUCAGAAGUGGGCCAAUCUCCAAAAAAAAUACCUGGAACAUAUGAAACAUUUGAAAACAACGGGUGUGGAAAGAAUAGAAACUCCACCAUUUUUUGACAUUCUUCAUGGAAUAUUAGGAAGCAAAGAUAAAACCAACCCCAGAAUGCUGAUAGAUAGUGAAGACAUCAUCAGCGAAUCUACCUCGGAAGCCACUGAAGUGCCAAGUAUGCCCAAAACAGCAUUAGCUGAAGUCCAGGCUAAAGCAGACAAUCGACAAGACAAAAUAAACGAAAUAAAAAAAAGAUUUUCCAGUACAAUUGUCCCAAAAACAGCUACAGCCAAAAUUUGCCAGAUAAUUAAAGAAGAAAGUGAAAAGGAUAGAAAACAGGAUAAGGAACAAUUUAAAAAACUAGAAGAAAUUCUUGUGACUCAAAAUGAUCAAAGACGAGAAUUUUUGGAUAUUUUGAAAAGAAUAGCUCCAGUCGAGGCUCCCUCUAAAGAACCUCCCAGAAAAAAAAGACGCCCCAACUGUGAAGACUCUGACAGUCACAGUGACUAAAUCAUUUUGAUAGGUACCUACUUUUACUAUUGAUUUUUCAUAAGAAAGCUUUAAAAUAAUGUUUAUUAAGUUCCUGUUUUUGUUUUUUUGGUGGUAGGUAGUUCCUAUUUGUUAUAGUGUUAGGCGUUCCUUACACAAUACCUAAAUGCAGUUUAAGAUUUAUUUAAUAAUACCCUCUAAUUAAUGUUUUUGUUGUUUCUUUGAACAUUUAGAUACUUAAGUUCGAGUGAUUUUGUGUUCCUAAAAUCAAAUAAAGACUGUGGUGCAAUGCUCCAAUAAAAGACUUUCAAAAAUUUAAAUUUGAAAAAAGUAGAUUUUAUUUGGAAAUACAAGUAACAUUGAAUAAUAAAAAUUAAAACUUUUGAUAUUACCUCUAGGUAGAUACAGUAUGGAUAUAAAUAUUAUACAAAUUUGUAAAAAUUUAAUAAUAAAAAUAUUACAUUUCUCUAAGGUUAGCACUUAUUAAAUCUCUUUUUUCCCUUCCUUUUCUUCCAUCCUCGC